ACAUGCACUUGGAACAUGAUCGCUAAACUAGAUUCUCAUGUUAGCCAAUCAUCGGCCAUAUCUGUGGAGCACCGCCCCCAGUAUAUUGUAUAAGGGUCAAGAAGUAAACAAAGCAAUAGUGGUCUAGUGGAUCACCUGGUGGAUCCUAGUAUAUUGUUGAAUAGCAGUGUGAGAAAUGAGCAUUUAUAUAACGUAUUGCAUGGAUAUACAACGUAACAGUUUUAGAUUAUCAUUUUCUUCGAAUGUGAUCAGCUGAUUCCGAGACCCGGCUAGGAAUGAUGGCAGGUUAUUUAAGUGAUGCCUCUUCUGACAGUGAGUUGAAUGGAAGAAAUAAAGAGGAUGCCAGCCACAACAGUCUGUCCACUAUUCCAGACCAUCUGAUCUCCCGUGCUAAAGAGAUCCGCUCCCUUUUAUUGCAUCACAAUGAAUUUCUACUUAUUCCGAAAUCUAUAUCUCUGUUUGGGAAUCUACUGACACUUGAUCUAAGCAAUAACCAUUUGACUGAUUUACCAAAAGAACUGAUAACUCUGAGGAAUCUACGGAAACUUGUAGUUAAGAGUAAUGGGCUGACCUGUUCGUCUAUUCCUAAAGACUUUGGACUACUGUCAUCAUUGGAAGAGCUGAAUUUUAGUGGGAAUAUGUUUGAAGUCUUUCCCCCACAGUUCACAGAACUCUCUAGGCUUAAAUGUCUUUACCUUGGAGGAAAUUGUAUCUCAGAAAUGCCAAAUUCCAUUAAAAAUCUUCAGAGAUUGGAAGUCCUGUACUUGGGUGGAAAUCGAUUGACAGAGGUUCCAGCAGAAAUCGGACAGUUAUAUUAUCUCAUAUCACUGGUCCUUUGUGAUAACCAAAUUCAAAGCAUUCCACCAACCUUGAUUCAUCUACGGAAUUUACAGUCACUCAGUCUCCAUAACAACCAAAUUUCUACCCUCCCUCCUGAAAUUGUGAGACUUAACCUUUCUGAACUUAGUCUUAGAAACAACCCCCUUGUAAAUAAGUUUGUUCAAGAUAUGACUUACGAGCCCCCUACCUUAUUGGAACUUUCGGGCAGAGUGGUCAAAAUUGAAAAAGUCAAGUACAGCAAGGAAGACCUUCCAAGCAAUUUACGAAAGUACCUCAGUUCAGCUCAGAGAUGUGUCAACUCUAAGUGUAAAGGUGUGUAUUUUACCUCAAGGGUUGAACAUGUGAAGUUUGUAGACUUUUGUGGGAAGUAUCGACUGCCCCUGCUCCAGUAUCUCUGCUCCCCUCAAUGUAGGACAACUCCUGCAGUGUAUCAUAGCAGCAGUGACACAGAGACAGAUGAGGAUGAAGCCAUGGCCAAUGCUAGGUUACGGCGAGUGCUUCUGGGGUAAAUGAACUCUCAGUGUAAAGGCAUUCUCCAGAUACUACAACCAUGUUAAUGAGAAACACUUGUAAAACAUUGGUGGAGGCAAACAAACUGAGCCCAGAUAGCUAAGGGUAAUCGCAUUGGACAUCAUCUGAAUGACACUUACAACAACUCAAGGUGUCACCAGAAUCAGACUGUGAAAGACUCUCCAUCUCAAAAUCAAAUCUCUUUUACAUUUGUAGCCCAGCUGUUAGCUUGUCAGAAUGUACUAAUUAGAAAAGCCUAAAUAAGUUAAGUGUAAAGGUCAGUAUUUGCUGAUAUAAAAUGCUUAAUUCUGAACGAAUAUUAUUUGCUGCAAGUCUGUUUUCAAGCGCGUUCAGAAUGUAUCGUUCUAAAUAAGUGAGUAACUACUUGAUUUGAAGUCUUCCGGUUUUAGAAUAGAAUAGAAAUUGUACUUAGUUUACACAUUAGAAACACACAUGUUCACAACUAUGUAUAAAUCAAGAUAUGAAUGGUAUCCAACUGUGCUAUAACAAAGUAAUCAGACUGUAGAAUGUAAUAUUGGCAAUAUAAAUAUGGUGCUGGUGAAAUGAUUUAUAUAAAUUCAAAAUUAACGGUAAAUACAACAAUAGACAUGCUAAUCAUUUGUGGCAUCAUUUACAUAAUAAUGUUAGAGGUUGUUGAAGGAGUUGAAAGAAAACCAAGUUUUUCUCUCCAAGAUUUUUCUUUUACAUGUAUUUAUCAGAAAGUCUAAUCACUUCUGAUUUACAAUAAUUGUUAUUUUUCAACUACAGUAAACUUGUUUGUUUGCUCAAUGUGCUCCUGAUUUUACCACCGCAUACAGUUCAUGUUCAAGUCUUGUAUCCUGAAAUGAUGCGUAAGUUCCUAGCACUCCUAUUUAGGUAGGGUGUUUAUUUAGUUUAUUUAAGUCAAUCUUGUAUCACAUCUGAGUGUUUUCUUUUUAUUCCCCAUUGUUUAGAGUUAUUUUUUUCCAAGUAGCCACUAUAUAUCUAGUCAAUUGUCAACUUUUCUACCUCGAUCAACAAAUGUAUAAAAUAAAACUAUUAGACUGUAUCGUGUAAUUAUCACAGUUUAAGUUAUCAAGAUGGUAAUUACAUAAACAUACAUUAUAGUCAUGAACUAAACUGUAAGUUGUUGAAAUCUGCUAUAGUGUUGCAUUGAUAAGUUGUGAUUUUGCCUAUUCAUAAUGCUAUAAAAUUUAGUGAACUCUGUGAUGAAAAUAAAGUACUAAUCUGUAGUACAUAUAUGUGAAAAAAUGUUUACAAUGAAAUUGACAUUUUAUUGAAAGUCAUGCAGAAGGACAUGUAUCUCAAGUGGAAUUUUUUUAAUUUUAUUUUUAUGUUAGUUUUUUUUAACACAUAUGGGGCAUGAUUUUAUAACAAUGUACAAUGCAAAUUGAAAUGAAAAUUAAUAUGAGAUUUUUUUAACAUAUUAAAUACAUACAUUACAAGUUCA